CAGUAUAAGUGCACCACAUGAACAGUAUUGUAACUUUAAGAAAAGGCAAAAUGGAAGUAAACACAUCAGAUCAAAACGGCGUGAGAAGGACACCUUCAAGAGUCUCUUUCUCAAGUGACAUGACAGAACAACAAAGCCAGAGAAACAGUGCUGUGAGUUUAAACCGAAAUUCCUCGACAUCUCCUCUGUACAGUUCUAAACAACUUCUGAAACAAAGUGUGUUAGAGAAAUACACAUCUUGUCGCUGGUUGGUGGCCUUUUCUUGUUUCAUUACGGUCACGUGUUCGAUAAUGCUCCGUCAGUGUAUCAGUAUGGUGAUUGUUUGUAUGGAGUCCAAUUAUAAAGCUGGACAAGACGCAAUGAUAAACAAAUCGAACACGACUACAAAUGGAACUUUCUCACAGACACAAAGAGGGGUGUGGGACAUACUGUGGGACAGCGAAGAGAAGGGCCUGAUUCUACAGUCCUAUUUCUACACGUUCCCGAUCACCCCCCUGAUCGCAGGUUACUUGUCCGGGAGGUUUAGCGGGAAAACAGUGGUGACCGUGAUGACGUCAUGCCUUAUCAUCUUGUCUGCCGUGUCCCCCAUUGCUGCCACAGUCAGUCCCUACUUUGUCGUCGUUCUCAGGUGCUGCAUCGGACUCUCCUCAGGAGGCCUUCAACCUAGUGUAACAGCCAUUGUUUCCAAGUGGGCACCGGUGUCUGAGCGUGCGCAGAUAGUAGCUGUCGCAAACGCAGGUUUGAUGAUUGGCUCCAUCAUUACUUUUGCUUUCGCUGGAUUUAUUUGUUCCAUUCCAAUCCACAAUGGCUGGCCUUUUAUAUUCUACGUCUUUUGUAUAUGUAACGUCCUGUCCCUGGUCAUGUGGAUGUGGUUGGUGUACGACAGACCAGACGAACACCCCCGGAUCACGUGGAAAGAACGUGUUCUCAUCAACUACAAACGAAGGGACAGCACUCUCGAAAAAAUGCCUUCACCCCCUUGGAUGAAGAUUUUAAUGUCUGGACCGUUUUGGGGACUUCUUUUCGCCCACAUGUCUCAUGGAUUUUUAUUCACUACCAUCGGGACUUUUCUUCCUCUUUACAUGGCUGAUGUGUUAAAGUUCGACAUUGCGACGAAUGGUCUGUUGUCCUCUCUGCCGUUUAUCGGUCGGUUUAUCGGUUCUCUGGGGAGCGGGAUGCUGGCAGAUAACUUGAUGACAAAGGAGAUUCUCUCAGUGACCGCCACUAGAAAAAUUUUCCACGUCUCGGGUAUGGUGUUGUCUGCACCUUUCCUGAUUUGGAUGAGUUACAUGGGGCCUGACGAGAGGACAAGCGCAGUAAUACUAUUGGUGACGUAUUGGACAGUUCAAUCUCUUAAUAAUUCGGGAUUUCGAGUGAACCAUAUCGACAUUGCUCCAAGAUUUGCUGGUGUCCUGAACGGUAUGACCACAACAUUAGCUUCAGUAGCCGCCUUACUGUCUCCCAUCAUCACAUCUGAACUUACAAAAAGUGGUACACAGGAGGAGUGGCAGACCGUGUUCUUCAUUUGUACGGGGGUGGGGCUGGCAGGUGCCCUAGCCUUCCUGGUUCUGGGCAGCGGAGUGGAGCAGGAAUGGGCAAGAGACCCCAGUAUGAACGCUGAGUUUGAUGUUUACACCAUUGACGAGAGAAAACAAAGUAUUGACGAACCACACGCUACUGAGGAAGAAAAAGAAUGUCAGAUUGGGAAUGACAGAAACGAUGGGAUAAACUCUGUCCAUGAAAAUCGAAAUGGACAUGUAAACGCAGGCUUUGAUGAGCAAAUUAACGAAAUUAUAGAACAUGUUAAGCUGUCCUCCUCGUUCAGAAGUCAAUCACGUGAUCUAAACGUACCAAUUCGGACUUGUGAGGAAACAUGUAGAGAGAUGACUAGGGAGCAAAUUGAAUCAGAUAUAGAACUGGAACAGAGGGCAGCAUCAAAUGGCCUCAGUAAAAUUGGUGCUCACAAUCAAAUCAACCCGAAUGUCCUGCAGGACAAACACGAAGGAUUAAAGCUGAAUGCAAUGAAAACUGGGACAUCAGAGAAUGGUAAAGAAACAUCCACGUUUUUGCAGAGGACUAAACACUCGAGAGAAAACCUUAGAUUGUAUUUACCGAACCAUGUUGAACAUGUACCCACAGAUUCCAAAGCCAGUGGGGAAUCUAUUUCAUAUCGGUUUUCAACACAUUUGUAAUGAAUUAUCAAUAAAA